AUGGAAGAACAAUUAAAAAAAGCUGAAGAUGGAUUGAAUAUAUCAAAGGAGAGGCAGUUGAUUUCUUUAAUGAAUGAAGUGAAAGAGGAAACUUCUGAUCAUGACAUUCCAAGUCAUCAAGAUGAAGACAGAAAUGACUUGCGAAUAUAUCAUUUAAUAUCGAUAAAUGACUUUUUCCUUUCAAAGGCUUGA